AUGUACUAUCGUUUACCGUUAUUUGGUGUAAAUGUUAAAGGUUGGUUGUAUUUCGGUUAUAUCGGUAAACGUAAUCAAGGCAUAAAGUGUUUGCUUCUUUUAAACGCUAUACUAACGUUAGUGGCAGGCAUACUGCUGUACAUAAAAACUGACGAUAUUACAAACGUGAUUAGAGAUAUGUUCAAAACGGCGAUACUUUUCAAUUCACUCGUUCGCAUAUUGUUUGUGAUUCGAAAUCAAGAGGAUUUCGUUAAAUUUAUGGAAGGAAUCGAAAGCUGGUAUCAAGAAUUUAAGGAUGAUAACGAUGACAUGGCCCUAGAAAUUUUAAAUCGUUUGCCAAAGUAUACGAAAUUUGUUACUACUUUUGGUCUUUCAUUCGGUUCGGUUGGUGCCGUCGCUGCGGGAAUAACUGCCGUUUUAUGGCAAACUCAUAUCUUUCCAAUUUACAUUCCGGCUGUUGACGCUUUCGAGAGUCCUUUGAUUGAAAUUAUCAACUUGUGGCAAUCAGUAACAAUUGUUCCGUUCAUAAUGUCUGCUUAUAUAUUAUUUACUAAUCUAUUCAUUUCAUGGCUGAUGUUUGGCAUCGGUUUAUUGGAAAUUUUAUGUAAAAAAUUUGAACAAAUGUCGUCAGCAAACGAUGCGGAGAGACUGCGUAAUUUAAAAUAUCUGAUUAGAUAUCAUAAGCGAAUUAUAAGAUAUAGUCAGAAAUUAGAGGAUCUGGUGGCAUUGAUUUCUAUGGUGGAACUAAUCUUAUUUACCGUUAUGCUGUGUUUUCUCUUCGUCUUCUUCCUAAUUACAGACAAUUUUGUUGAUCAGGUUGCUACCUUCAUAUAUAUAUUCAGUAUAUUUUAUGUUUUAUUCAUCUCUUACUGGCACACAAACGCGUUUUCAGCCGAGAGCUUGAAAAUUCCUGACGCUGCUUAUGGCAUUGAUUGGGCUGAAUCAGGCCCGGAAGCGCGAAAAUGUCUUUUGAUAUUAAUAUCGCGCAGUCAGAGCGCUUUACAGAUCUGUGCUGGCGGCAUAGUUCCCAUGACUUUAGAAACCUUUCAGGCACUUUUAAAUGCUACGUACUCAUAUUUCACCAUGUUGCGCAGCUUAAUGGCUAAGUAA